AGUUCUAGGGAAUCCAGAAGCUUGCAGAGCGUUUCUUGUCCAUUUCAUUGGUGCAUUAUUUUAAAAAAGCUAUUACAAGACUGCUGCUUUUAGCAGUUUAGGAUUCAGCGCUUGUUCAAAUGUGGUAUUAUUGACUGCUCACUCAGCAGUUCGAUCCUGGGCACCGUCAUUCAGAACAAACCCCGUUUUAGUCCGGUGCGUUUGCUCCGGCGCAACACCUCGAUCCCGACGGCAACAUCGUGGCCAAACCGUGGAAAACUGCACAAGGGAACGUUGGCAAAACAGGAGCCUCAUGCAAAAAGCCUAUUGGUGGAGACGGGCAACGCAAAGGAGGCAUUCAGCCAAUCGGACCCUCCCGUUCAGUCAGCUGAAUUGUGACGCAACACCUGGAGGGGGAAAUGUGUAUCUGGUUGCUAAGCGACGAUGCGAAGUCGAAUUCAGGCGUGAUCAGAUCUUCUGUGUGAAUUGCAACCUUGCAAGUUUGGUCCCCUAAAGGAAUUAGUCUAAUAAAGUGGGAGCUAAUUCAGCGCAUUCUAUCAGUGCAGUGUUUGGUCCAAGAUGGAUGUACAGUAUCUCAAGGAAUGCCUUGGGCAAUGCUUAGUGGAGGGACUUGCGAAAGUGGUAGAACGGCAGCCGGUGGACCCAAUCAAUUUCCUGGCAUGCUGGAUUUACAGAUACAAGACACGUUUAAAUGAAGACGAAAAGCGGAAAACAGAGAGGGUCCAAUUGGAGCAGGAACGGGAAGAAGUCCUGGCGGAAAUAGAGAGGAUUGAAAAGAUGAAAGCAGAAGAAAUCCAAAUAGCCCGGAAACAUGAACAGCAGCAGAAGGCCUUUGCAGAGCGACAUGCUGAGAAAAAGUCCACUGAGAAGGGUGGGGCCCCAAAUUUGCCGACUGUUGUGGAAAUCGAGGAAAGCCAUUUAAAGAAGAAAGUGACAGAAGAGAAAGACGGGAACCUUCCUGAAGAAAAGGAAACAACUGAAUUGAAGCAAAAGGCGCGGGCAGACGUACAGGAUCCAGGGGAGUUGAACACUGCAGAGGAUGAAUUGCAGGAGACGUUCCGGGAGAUAAGCAGGGCCAUCGGUCUCCGGGAAGCUCUGACUGAGCCCAUCCCAGAGGACGAUCUUGACCAGAUUUCAGAUGACGAAGCAGCAACCCAGUCAGAACACUCCGAAGAAAGCGAGAACGAACCUGGUGACGUUCCAGAUGAGGAAUACAAAUCCAGUCAGGAUCUGAAUGCAGAAUAACUGUAUGGUCCCACCCCUGUUCACUCAGUGAGGCUUACGUCGAAGCAAAACAGUGUUCAUAGGAUUGCAGCCCAAAACUGAGGAGCAGUGCUUAUGAUUAGAUUAGGUUUUCCUGGCCAUUUCAUUUUCUAACAUGUGUGAGGAAGGGAUCUCUUUGCUGCUUAGCUGCUCCAGCAAUAUUGUACUGAAAUUUGACUGAGGGGACAAUACAGUUGUUCACCUUAACGUCCUAGAACAGUGGUGGCGAACCUAUGGCACAGGUACCAGAGGUGGCACUCAGAGCCCUCUCUGUGGGCACGCGCAAGCAGAGUCGCCCCCCGACCCCCAUACACACAUCUAGGCUGGCCUGG